CCAGGGAUCACUUGGCUUCAGAGGGUGAUCAAAAUGAUCUACAUGGAGGAAGAGUCAAGGCUAAAAUCCAGAGAAGAAGGGGACAUCUCGCAGAGAAAAGCAUCUUGCUCAUCAUUCGUGGGGAACGGAAAAGGUUUGGCAAUGCCUGCUGAAGUGAAAGAGGAGCAGAGUUCAGAGGGUCCUCCUCCUCCUCUGUUUUUGUCCCAGGAGGCUAAAGAAGCGACCUUUGAUAACCCGUCCACCAACGAAGAACUGGACACGCCCACCUCAAUCGCCUCAGUCAUGACCUCCACCAAUGAGAGCUCCACAGAGACAGACACCCCGCAGCAGACUGACACUGAGGAGUCCAAGGCUGUGGAACAAGAAGGUGUUGAACAAGAGGCUCCCAGUGAGACCCAGGAAUCCCUAGAGACCCAGCAGGAGAACAUCCAGACACCAGACACACCUGAGCUCACAACCACUCCAGAGGUUCAGGAAAUCACUCCCACUGAGCAGCCUGCUCUUGAAGCAAAAACGGAACCCUCCAAGACUGAAACACUGACAACUACGACCAGCAUCGCUACAACCCCGCACCCUGAGGUGGUACAGCAGCCUGGGGAGCCACAGCUGGUGAACCCAGACAGGCAGAGCAGAGUUUACACCCUCCCCGACAGCUACAGAGGCAUCAGCGGUGAUUUAUGUGCUGGGUAUGGAAGCCUGUCACGCACCACCCUCCACAGCUACUGGCCCGCCAAGAACUACCAGCCCGGGGCUCACUACACCUUACCUUUCCUGAGGGACAGCUAUGCUCCCGCAGGACUCAGCAGCCAAUCAGAGGAGGAUGUCAUCGGAGACAGGGGAGACAAUCCGCUGGACAUGAAGACUGACCACCCUGCUGCCAGUUACCCAACACUUGGGGGAAUCCACCAGUUCAGACCAAUUACAACCAUGGAGCUCCUCAGGGAGCCCUCGAGAACCAGAGGUGGCUAUGAUGAUGCCUUCAUGGCCCAGCUGGAGGGCAACCUGAAUCCUUUCUUCCAAGCAAUGUGUCGCGCUCAGACCCUGCAGUUCCCUCACAAACGCAGCAGCAUGGUCAGCCUGGACAGCAUCCGCAGAGACCCACGCUGGAGAGAUCCCAACCUGCAUGAGGUGAUCUCGAUGCUUACCCACCCAAUGGACCCAGUCAAGUCCAACGCUGCAGCCUAUUUACAACACCUGUGUUAUGAGAACGACCGCAUCAAGCAGGAGGUGCGCCAGCUGAAUGGAGUGCCGAUCUUGGUGGAAUUACUGGAUCACCCUAAAGCUGAGGUCCACCGUAAGGCCUGUGGAGCUCUGCGCAACAUAUCCUAUGGCAAAGACCACAAUAACAAAAUGGCCAUCAAGAACUGUGAUGGCAUCCAAGCUUUAGUCAGGCUACUGAGGAAGUCUAGCAGCAUGGAAGUCAAGGAAUUAGUCACAGGCACUCUGUGGAACCUCUCCUCACACGAGCCACUGAAGCUGCUGGUCAUUAACAACGGGCUUCAAACACUGACUGAUGAGAUCAUCAUCCCACACUCUGGGUGGAGAAGAGACUCAACCGACCCUUGCAAAUUGCUGAGUGCUGAGUGGUCCACAGUCUUCAAAAACACCUCUGGAUGUCUGAGGAAUGUCAGCUCAGACGGGGCAGAGGCUCGCCAGAGGUUGAGGGAGUGUGAGGGGCUGGUGGACGCACUCCUUCAUGCUCUUCAGUCAGCUGUUGUCAGCAAAGACACUGACAAUAAGUCGGUGGAGAACUGCGUCUGCAUCCUGCGAAACCUGUCCUAUCACGUCCACAAAGAGAUACCUGGAACAGAACGAUUUCAGGAGCCUCAUUCCCAUAAUCUGAUGAGGUCAGUGGGGCACCAGAAGAAGAAGACUGAACCAGACUGUUUUGGAGGGAAGAGACCCAAAGAGGAGUGGUUCAAUCAAGGUUGGAAAAAUGGAUUUAUGGACAGAAAAUACGGUACAUUGGAUUUACCAAAACGUACCGAGCAAAAUAAAGGCUUGGAGCUGCUCUACCAGCCAGAGGUUGUGAGGCUUUACCUGUCUCUUCUAACCUGCAGCCACAACCAUAACACCUUGGAAGCUGCAGCUGGAGCCCUGCAGAACCUCGCUGCAGGACAAUGGGCUUGGUCAAGCUACAUCCGUGCCACUGUGAGGAAAGAGAAAGGCCUUCCUAUCCUGGUGGAGCUGCUGCGCUCAGACGUGGACAAAGUAGUUCGAGCCGUGGCUAUUGCUCUACGCAACCUGGCGAUGGACAGAAGGAAUAAAGACCUAAUAGGAAGCUAUGCCUUGAGGGACCUGGUCGGUAAUCUGCCAUGUGGGCAGCAGCACCCAGCAAAGAACCUCGAGGGAGAUACAGUGGUGUCUAUUCUGAACACCAUCCAUGAGAUCAUCACAGAUAGCCCAGAGAAUGCCCGAGCGCUCAUACAGGGUCAUGCUGUGCAGAAACUAGUGGCUAUCAACAAGUCAAGCCAAUCAGCACGGGAGAUCAAGGCAGCUUCUCAUGUGCUUCAGACAAUCUGGGCAUACAAGGACCUGAGAAACACUCUGAACAAGGCAGGCUGGACCAAGAGCCACUUUAAGCCAACAACCACAGGAGUGACUAAAAAAUCCAAGAGCGGAAAGCAAGGCGGCGAUGACAUCACCUUGCCGCUCAUGGACAAAAAUCAAGAUGUUUAUUCCACCUUAGAGCCAAAUGAUAGAGUUGGGGAUGGAAAAGCGCCUGUUGUGGAAAGAGAUGCUCUCCAGGCGAUAAGUGAGAGAAAACACUUCAUCAGAGCUGGCAGGCCUGCUGUGGGCCUCAUGGAUAACAAACCUCCACCACUGGACUCAUGGGUGUAAACACAACAGCACGGCCAGUCAAGCCUGUUUAAUCCUGUAAAGACACUUCCCAUUGGUGAAAUACAGAUUUGUGCCAUUUGAUCAUUCUUGUACAGACAGAGAAAGUUAACCAAUUUAAAGAAUUUCCUUUAUUUACAGGAUAUAAUGUGCCAAACAUUUGCAUCUAUUUAUUAUGGAGGUUAUUUGGAAAUAGAUUUUAUGGAUUUUGUCAUUUAGGAUGAUGUUGAGUCUGUCUGAAGAACAUGAUGGAUUAAUUACACAUGAAAUAGCCUAAAUAUGCAAACUAUGGUUAACCAUGACUCCAAAGAAUAAAUUAUCCAUCUAAGAUUAAAAUUUUACUGUUAGACAGGUAUGAGAUCAUUUAUAAUACUUAUAGUUUGUCAAAUUAUUAAGCCUUAAAUGACAUAUGACAUCUGUUGAUGUAUCCCGAGGAGAGAUGAUGAUGUGAAAUAAUUUUAGAACUAUUUUUGGUGAGGGUGUGAGAUUAUAAAAACAUCCAGGUUAUUUGGAAAUCAGAGAAACCUGCCAUCAGAUUAGACUGUAUGGUCAUCAGCAAAUCCUCUCUGUUCCAUUUGUUUCAUGAUAGGGCAAAGGGAGUUGUAAAUGUGUAACAAAGGACUGUUAAUAAUCUAAAUGAAGGUAUUUAUAUUGUAAUAUUUAUUGUAAUACCCAUGUUAUUAAUUCAAGGUUAUGGAUGUGUAUUAGCUAAUACCAGUAAGUGAUCCUACAUUAAAUACAACUCUGCUUUGCAGUGGUCCUUUUUGCAUUGCGAUGUUGAAUGACAAAUGAAAAUAAACGAUGCGCAUAAUUUCUCA